AUGGGCAAAAGAAAAAGAGAUUCCAGAAGCUUUCAUGCUUACAAGAAAAAUAAAUCAGGUGGCUUCAUCGAUCCCAAUACUAGUGGUAUUUAUGCUACUUGUAAUAGAGGAAAAGAGAGCCAGUGUAGGAAUGAGUUGAUGAAUUUAUUUUCUGAAAAAUUUGAGCAAUACUAUGAUAUAGAUGAAAAAGACUGGAGCUCUGAAGAUGAUGAGGAGGGAGAUUCUAUUGAAGCAAAAAUUGCAAAAGAAGUGAAUGAUAUUCAAGAAAAGAAGAAUUCAAAGAAAGAAUAUUUUAAACCAAUAGACUUAAAUUGUGAGUGUCUAGUAUUUAUCAAGACAAGAAAGCCAGUUGAACCUGAAAAAUUUGUUGAAUCAAUAUGUGCUGAAAGUUCAAGUCGUAAAUCGAAGUCCACUCGUUAUACGCAAAGGUUAACUCCUAUAACAUUUUCAGUUUCAGCGAAUCUCGACGAAGUUAGAAAACUUGCACUUAAAGUAUUAGAGCCACAUUUUCAUGCUAACGAAGAUCAGAAACCUUACAAAUUUGCCAUAAGUUUGUCUAAAAGAAAUUUUAACGUCAUUCAAAAGAUGGAUAUUAUAAAAACAAUUGCUGAAUGUGUUGGAAGAGAACAUGGUCACAAAGUAGAUUUGAAACUGUAUGACAAGCUUAUUUUGGUAGAAUGUUACAAAAACAAUAUCGGAAUGAGUGUCGUCAAUAACUAUGACAGUCUUCAAAAGUUCAAUUUACAGCAAAUUUUUGAGGAAAGUGAGGUCCAUAAUAUUGAAGCUAGCCUUUCUAGAGUCAGCAAAACUGAUGAUUAA